AUGUCUACCACUUUGUUCCAAAGGUUUAAGCAGCACCCGAAAGUUCGUUAUGAUGAAAAGACGGACCUUUGGAGCUACAAGCCCGACUACGAAGUGCACUCAGCGGGCGACAUUGUCUCACUUCUCCGCAAAAAGUACUACCAUCCGUUUGCUCUUACGUCUGAAUCUUCAGCUGCAGGCAUGCGUGUGGCUGAACUGCGCGAAUCCUAUCCACCAGCACGAGAGGCCAUUGAAGAGCUUGCAAAUGAAAAGCCUGUUGAAAAACGGCAGGUCCUUGUUCUUAGAGGCAAACGCGAUGGAUCUAUCAAGCACGUGUUUUGGAAUCCCAUCCAAGGUGAUCUUGUUAAGCCCAUUGACGAUGAAUUUAAGGAACUAUGGCACAGCCUCAAUGUUCCGAAUGUUGUCGAUCUCGCGACAGACCUUGAGAACGAAGGUCUUUCAGCAACCAAGUUGAUCGAAACAGCGCCCAAAGCAACUUCACAUUCUACUACAGCUGCACAGCGGGGUAAAAAGGGCAAGCGCGGCACAGCUCCACGAAAAUUCAAACUACAGAACACCCAUUUGAAGGGCGUCGAUCUAAGCAGGGAUUUCGUCAAGCCCGGCAACAACUAA